UUUUGAGUCAGAGAUGGAGCCUGAUUAUCGACAGUUCAGGUCGUCGGAUAGCAGCCCUGUCUACGAGAGAGAGCACAGUAUGCCCACACCGAAAGGUUUGAAAAGUGGGGUGGCUUACUUCCUCUAUGGAGUCCUAGUGCUGCUGCUCCUGGUCCUGCUGAUGGUUACUGGGAUAAAAUUCUCACAGUUAAACAAGGACAUCGCUGAUGUGAAACUUCAGCUUGGGAGAAUCAACAAAGCAGGAACUGAUGCAGUGUCGCAUUCAGGUUCAGCAGUUGCACAGACUGUCCCCUUAGAGAGGCUUGUAGCAGUAAAAGGAACAUGUAAGGAGGGGUGGUCGUCUUACCAAAGAAGCUGCUACUUGCUUUCCACCACGGCUGUUACCUGGAACAGAGCAGAGGAGCAGUGCCGAGCACAUGGAGGACACCUGGUGGUCCUGAACAAUGUUGAGGAACUGGACUACAUUUCACAAAUAGUAGAAAUCAAGUACAGCUAUUGGAUUGGACUCGUGGAGAGAGAGGAAGACCACUGGACCUGGGUGGAUGGAACUGACUUUAAUUCAACCCCAGCUUUCUGGGAUAACGGUCAGCCUGACAACUGGGACUUCAGGGAGAACGGAGAGGACUGUGGGCAGAUUCACAGCUCGGUAAUACGCAAACGCAAGCUGUGGAACGAUGCAGACUGCAGCCUGCCGUACAGAUACAUCUGUGAAAGCAAGCAAUGAGAGGCAGUGGAUCCAGCAGAGAUGCUGAGCCCUCCACAACAUGAACAGGCCUGAUAUGUUUGGAAACAAAGGUCACAUUUACACUUAAGGAAAUAAUGUUAUUGAUAUUAAUGUAUGUUUUUAAGGAAAAGUUACAUUUAAAAAAAGCGUGUAAGGCUUUUGCUCAGGGGCACGUCGAGAGGGUGCCUCCCCUCCUGAAAUCUAGCUACCAAAGCUGCCACCCCAGAACUAUGAUUGGCUAUUUGCCUAGUCAGAGUAGGGACUUAUAUCAAAAUCAAACAUUUGGGCUGUGUGACAACAGGCUGGUAGUGUUUUUUCUGCAUUUAAACAUGGCACAUUACUUUUUUGGUUUGUUAAAAGUGUCUAAAAAUGUUUCAUACAGCUAUCUCUUUAGACAUGAAUAUGUCCAACAUCAGACUAACUGUCAAAAGGACAUUUCUCAUCACUAUCUCAGUAUAAAACUUUGUUACCAUAGUUUGCAUGCAGUUUUUUAAGUACUACAAGUUUUGGCUUCAGACUAAAAGAUCGAAUUUGGUGCUCUGUGUGGCCAAGAUGUAGACUCUGUCAUUUAGCUUUUUUUCCCCUUUACAUGGCAAAGUAGUAUUCUCUGACAGGAUAUUUAUCAUUCUGCUUUCUUUCAUUGUGAACGUUUACUGUGAAAAAUGUAAAGAAAUGUUGUUUGUUCAGCAUGCUGUCGGUUGUCUGCUCAGACACAUACCCCCAUCUUAGCAGUUUCAGGCAUUAAAAAUUACAUUGCAUGUGUUAUUGACAAUGAUCUUGUUUGCUUUUGUAGGUCAGAAAGAGGCAAUAGUAUUCAUUUCAAUCUGUUUUACAACCACUUAAAAAUCCCUUACUGGGGCUUUAAAGAAUCUAGCUGAAAAGACGUAUGUGUUAUUAAUCUGUUACUUUUUAAAGAUAAAAAUCAAACACAGAAAUGUUGCGUCUUUGAAACACUUUAAUGUUAGUCGGUCAAGUACAUAUGAUAAGAAGAGACAGAAAGGAUCAAAAAACUUUGUUGAUUCUUGUGUUUGUGUGUGUGUAAAAACAUGUGCAUACUUCAUGCCAGCCCUGCAUGAAUCAGUGCCCCAGUUUUGGUCAUCAAAGUGAAAAACACCUCUGCACAAACCAGAAAUAUAUAUGCAGACAAGAGAAAAAAAAAGAAAAGAAAAACACCUCUGCUUUUAUUUGACAACAAACGAUAAACUAUAACUACAAUAAUGUUUUUUCCCCUUUAUGUAUUCUUAUAAAGACACUUUAUCUUC